AUGCAACAGGACUGUCAGCAGAGGAUCUGUCAGACCUGCUGCCAGCAGAUCCUGUUCCGCAGAGCAGCGGAGGCAGCGUCAGCAUCGGCACACUGCCAGCACUUGUUGCGGUCAACGGCGCUGACACUCUGCCCGACCAAGGAUAAUUCACCGAGUGGAGCAGCUGAUGACCCAUCAGGUGCAGCAGAUGCCCCAUCAGGUGCAGCAGAUGCCCUAUCAGAUGCCCCAUCAGAUGCUCAUGCCCCUGACACAGCAGAUGCUGACAUGGCUGACGAGUUCAUCACAGGCGUCAGCGGCUCCAUAAUUCGUCUCUCAGAGACCGAGCGUCACGACCCCGCAGUUAUCGCUAAGUUCAACGUGCUGAGGUGGGUGCUGACUCAGCGUCAGCUGGCCCUGCUGCAGCGUGCUGAGGAGGAAGAAGAGGCGAGCGGGGAACCCUCAUCGUCCCGACACCGGCAUCAUGAUGGCGGCAGUCGAGAUGAAGAAAGUGAAGAAAGAACGAUAACCAACGAGCAGCAGCGCCCCGCUCCUGUUGAGCAGGAAGGCUGGCAGGAGCACCAGCAGCGUCUGGCGCACAUAGCCGCUCUGCAGCAGGAGCUGUGGAUGAAGAGGACCACACUGCGGGACCUCAUGAGCGGCAUAGACAAGAGCUGUCCACCACACCUCGACAACCUCAACCACCACCACAACCACAGCGCCCCCGGUAACGAUGAAGACGAAGGUAGCCAGGACCUUCGUUCGUCUUCCUUCAGCGCCAGCCACAAUGCCACGGCCGCACGCCACUGCGCCACUGAAUCCGAUGGCCACUUUGCCGAUGGCCACGACGCUGAUGGCACCGCCCUCAGCGUCCGACCCAAGGCAGCUAAACAUAACAGCUUGCCUCCUGUUGCUGCGGCUGAAUCAACAGCUGCUGUUGACAACAGCGAUGCUCAACAGGCUCUUGUUGACGCUCUACAACAGCUCCGGGCGGUGCAAGGAACCAUUGACAGUCUGCACCUCUCCCUGACAUCUGGCAGCAACAAGCAGCAACUGUUGCAACAAUCGCAGCAGCAGCAACAACAACUGUUGCAACAAUCACAAGAGCAACAACAACUGCAGCAGCAACUGUUGCAACAACAGCAAUCGCAGCAGCCACAGCUCCAGCAAUUAGCGCAACCAUCGAACCAACCAUCUCAGCAACAGCAGAUUCAGCAACUGCAGCAACAGCAGCAAAAUCCGCUGCAGCAACUGCCCUGCAGUGUAGCUAAUACUGCAAGUCUUCAUCCUAUCGACGUCGCCAGCUCAGCAGGCCUGCUGAGUUUGGGCAGCAGUUCAGCAGCAGCCCUGCAGCAGUGCUUCUCACAGCUGUAUCAGCACGCCAUUGAGAUACAGACGCUCAACAAGCAGCUGCAGGUCAGACAUCAGCAGCAGCUCAUGCAGCUGUACCACCAACAGCUGUACCAUCAACAGCUGUACCAUCAACAGCUGUACCAUCAACAGCUGCAACAGCAACACCUGCAGCACAUGACUCACAGGAACCUAUACGCUGAAACGCCUGCGUAUAGUCUCUACCCUCACUCUACCGCCUCUAUCUACCCUCAUUCUACCGCCUCUACCUACCCUUACUCUAGUUACGCUGCUCUACUCGCCUCUACGAAUCCUGCUUAUGGCUUCCAUACUUCGCUUACUCCUGCUCUUCCAUUGCUUUAUCCUACUCACUCUCUUAGUGUUCCUAUUUCUUUCCCAUCGGGGCUUGCACCGUCUCUUCCAUCCGCUGGCUCUCUUCCAUCCGCACACUCUCUUUCACCUGCUGGCACUCUUCCAUCCGCAAACUCUCUUCCACCUGCUCUUUCUCUUCCACCUCCACCGCCUCUCUUCCCUCCUCUCUCUUCCACCUCCUCUUCACUGUUGGAUGGCGCAGGGUUCGCUGUGUACGGCGGCCUGGCAUCUCAUCCACCCUCUUCCACCGCGAGCAGCUAUGCUAGUCACAUGAACCCUCCUACUCUUCCACCUCAUUAGGGGAUGAACCCUCCUUCUCUUCCACCUCAUUAAGGGAUGAACCCUCCUCCUCUUCCACCUCAUUAGGGGAUGAACCCUCCUUCUCUUCCACCUCAUUAAGGGAUGAACCUUCCUUCUCUUCCACCUCAUUAAGGGAUGAACCCUCCUUCCCUUCCACCUCAUUAGGGGAUGAACCCUCCUACUCUUCCACCUCAUUAGGGGAUGAACCCUCCUUCUCUUCCACCUCAUUAAGGGAUGAACCC